AAUCCACAUACCAUUGCGGUAUCUAACCUGGCUACAGCUAGUGUGGAUACAUACCAGCCUCGAAUACCCGGACACAGCACUAUCCUCGACGACGAUUCGGUGAGGUUGCAGCAAAUGAGACGCCGGCCUGCGAGUGGCGGUAGCGGUGGCCGCAUCUCGUCGCAAAAUGGUGAUGGCAGCUUCCUCCAGCGCAGCUUUGCCCACACCAGCUUCUCUGACAUCGGACUCGUCAUUAAGCGAUUCAACGACACACUCGGCGAACUGCAGCAACUUGGUGUGCAACAUGUUGCCGAACUCCCCGAGCUCGUCAUGGUUGGCGACCAAUCUGCAGGCAAAUCCAGCCUCAUGUCAGGCCUUGCUGAACUUGACCUCCCUCGUAGUGGUGGUGUCUGCACGCGGUGUCCCAUCCACAUCCGCCUCAGCUCUAGUCGGAAUAACGACCCGAAUGGCUGGUCGUGCACCGUCUCGCUGCAGCAGGAGUACGACUACAAGCCGCCCGAGAGCGGACGCAUCAAGAAAUCUGACGUGACCAAGCAACACCCUUUUGCCCCCUGGAUCCAGAAAUCUCACCGAAUCGCCAGCGUGUUCAAGACCAUCUACGACAAAGCUGACAUCGAGGAGGUCCUGCGAUGGGCUCAGGUCGCCAUCUUGAACCCUAGCCGCAGCUUCGAGCUCUUUGUCCCCGAAGAAGGCGCCUACGCCAAGGAGACAUCUCUGGCCGAUGCCGUGCAGGAAACCGAGGCCCAGUUCUCGCCAAACAUUGUGGCGCUCGAGAUCAAGGGCCCCAGUCUGCCCGACUUGAGCUUUUACGACCUGCCUGGUGUCUUCUUGUCCCCGCCCCGCGAGGAGGACGAAUACAUCGUCCAAGUGGUCAGAAAUCUCACCAGCCAUUACGUCCGCCGGCAGCAGGCCAUCAUCAUGUGGGCCGUUCCAAUGAACCAGGACCCCGAGAAUUCCAUCUCGCUUGGCAUUAUACGCGAGGCCAAGGCGCUUGCUCGCACCAUUGGCGUCAUGACCAAAGCCGACAAGGUGCAGGCCGACAACACGGCCCAAUGGGUCUCCAUGCUUCGCGGGGAGAAGCACCCGGUCGGACAGGGCUUCUUCAUCACUUCGCGCCCCCACGAUGCCCAAGUUGGACUGGGCAGCGUAGCACAGUGGGAAGACAAGUUCUUCAACGAGGGCAUCCACAAUUGGCCGCCCGUGUUCCAGGAAUUCACCGACCGAUGCGGCGUCGAGCUUCUCAAGGACUUCCUUUCUAAGAAACUGGGCGAUGCCUUUUCAAGCAGCCUGCCGUCAAUUAAGCACAAAAUCCACGAGCGUCUGCGCACCAUCCACCACCAACUUUCCGAGCUUCCGGAACUGCCCAACAAUGUUGAACAUGAAGUCAAGACGAGCUUGUACACCUUUUACAACACCGUCAGGGAUGCCAUCAAGGAUCGGAGGUUCCAGGCCAAGUGGGAUGUCCUGAACAAGCAGUUCCAGUCGUGCAUCACUAAGAUGAAGCCGACGUGUAUUGUCAAGGAUAGCGAACCCACGCCGCUCAUCGAGCUUGCCGCCUCAGAUGAAGAGUCCACCGCGUCUGCCCUCGUGGCCGCAGACACGCCAUCGCGCAAGCGGCCUCGCGCCAGCGACUCCACCAUUCGCCCGACCCCCAAGAGGCCACGCCCAGAGUCGCACGUCCUCACGCCAGUCAAGAACGAGGAAGCGACCAGCUUCUCGCGGCCUUCGCCAUCCGCGAGCUUCUGCGGCACGCCCAUUCCCGAGGCGCCCUCGGGUCCGCCGUCCCCCUUUGAGCAAUUCCACCAACUUGGCCGCCAAGGUCUCAACAUCCGCAACAUCCGCACCGAGAUCCUCAACAGCAAGCGUGCCGGUAUGCCGCACGACAUUGUACAAGAUGAGGUGUAUGACCGUCUCGUCAUCUCUGCCAUCGAGAAGUGGCGCGAGCCCCUGGACCGGUACAUGAACCUGACCAUGGAGUUGUUUCAAGGUCUCAUCUCCAACGCACUGAUCGACGCCCUGGGCGCCCUCUCCAACCGCAUGAUCUUCAUUCAGGCGAGGAAUCACCUGGACGCCUUCAUCCAGCAGAUGGAAGUGCGUCAGCGCAGCAAGGUUAUCGAUCUCUUCGACGCAGAGAAAUACCAGAUGUAUACCACCAACGUCGAGGCGUACAACCGCUACCGCGAUGCCGAGGAGCACGUAUUGAGACGGGUGCGGGACAUCAGCCGCAUCAAGUCGCUAGGGCAUGCGUGGGACUAUCACCCGCCGCCCGUCGAGAAGAUGACGGAGGAGUUGUGGGCCGAAGAACGCAAGAAACUGCGCGAGCCCCUGGCCAAGCUCAAGGAGGACCCUUACGCCACUGAGAUCAAGGUUGCGGCUGUGGUUAGAGGCUAUUACAUGACGGCCGCCAUGCGAUUUGUCGAGAGUGUGACCCUGAGUGUUAAUUCGAGACUCUUCCGCGAUUUGGCGGCCGGGCCGUCGUUGGAGAUGUUCUUAAAUGACAAGUUAGGUCUCAUGAAUUCGAACCCUGCCAUGUAUGAGCAUCUCAUGGAAGAGGACGAUGCCAUAGCGACCAAACGCGACCAGUUCAAGUGCGAGAUGGAGAAACUCAAGAAGGCUAUGCAGCGCAUUAAUGAACUAGAGAACUCGUCCGGCAGCGGUGCCGUGCCCGGCUUCGGCUCAGAGGCGACCCGGGAUGGAGAUGGCUAUGUUUUCGUCGACGAUGAGAUCUAAACCGAGUGAGCAAUCUCAGUUGGGACCUUGGAUUGCUAUUUUGUUUAACAGAUGUUCUGAUGCUGUUUGGUGGGUCAGCAGCAUGCUCUAUGGUCUCAAUUUCACGGCUGCUUCCCAAGCUGGCGUUGUUGGGUUGGGCUUUUCCUUUGUUGGAUCUAGCGAAGCCUCAUUCACGUCUUGAGGCAAUAUAACUCAGGUAGGGACGUGGCUACUUUGUGCUUUGGUGUGCUAAAGAUACUCCGGUCUAUAGGAUCAAUAUACCCGUUUUAAUUUAA